GAGCCCCACGUGCUUGCGUGACGGCUCAAAAGCAGCCAGUGGUCUAGCUUCCAAUGUUAGCGAGUCGACGCUAAAGCUAUGGCAGUCGUUUGUGUGGGGGGAGAGUGGUAUCUUUCAAGCUGUGACAAAUUAUUACUUGCAGUACAUACCAAACAUAACAGAGACCCGUUUGUUUUUGACUGCAGCACAGCGGAAAACAAGCCAAAAGGCACAAGAACUGACAACAAAGGGCAUAGUUGUGCUUCGGAAGAAAAAGGAAGUGAUACAAUUUUGGCGCUUGCAGUUUCCUUGUCUGGGAAGCUGGUGGCGUUGACAGAUAACAACAAACGGCUUGUACUUUUUGGGACCGAACCCUCCUGGCAGUGUAUUAGUACAAGGAGGCUGGUGAGACGGUGCACCUCUCUGGUGUUCACACAGACUGAGGAGGAGUUACUGGCAGCUGACAAGUCAGGAGAUGUCUAUUCCCUCUCUGUGGUGGAGCCCAGAAAGGCAGGGGAGUUGAAGCUUGGGCACCUGUCAAUGUUGCUGGCCAUGACUUUGAGCCCCAAUGACAAGUAUGUCAUCACAGCUGACCGAGAUGAGAAAAUCCGGGUCAGCUACUUGAAGUCACCCUACAACAUCCAAUCAUUCUGCCUAGGACAUCGAGAGUUUGUCAGCUCUCUGUUGGUCCUACCCAUGCAUCCUCAUUGGCUACUGUCUGGAUCAGGGGAUGGGACCAUGAAGCUGUGGGAGUACGAGUCUGGUCGUAGGAUCCAGAGCUGGGACCUUAAGCAGCUGAGGGACACGCCGAGUACUCAAGCUAAUGAAGAGUGCUCAGUGAGGUCGUAUAUUUAUUGUAUUUGUCUUGUUUCCCAGAGGUCUGCUGUCAGCAAGAUUGCCACCUCCCCGGACGGUUGUCACGUUGCCGUGCAGUGUGAGAGAGUUCCCAUAGUUCAGUUUUUUGGGAUGGACCAAGGGGUGGAGGAGCAUUUAACUCCCUGUAGUAGGCUGACCCUACCUCACAGUCCCCUGGAUCUGACCUUUGACCUCCAAGGCAGGCUCUUGGUCCUGCUGGAUAGCCAGGUCACACCAUUUCAGAUUUACAUGUGCAUGCAGGACCGCUGGGAGUGUGACAGUCAUUGCCUGGAGCUGAGCAGAGUGUCCGAGGCCCUCAAGCCCCACUGGAAUGCUCUUCAGACUUUUGGUGCAGCGGAGAGCCGUUUCCAGCACCUGUACAAGGUCAACUUCGACAACAUGUCUUCCUACUUGGAAAAGAAGCAGCAUAGGCUACAGCAGCAGAAUGAAAACUGGGGGAAGAAAAGAAGAGCAGGCAAAGGACUGCAGAUCAAGCAGGCCAGAAAGAAGGCCAAAUCAGAAGACAAGGGAGGAGACGAAGCCUCCAGCUGAAACCACCAACUGGAAAAAUGAUUACAUUAUUCUACUGUCCUAUUUUGUUUGUUAGCAAGCUGCUUUUCAGUCCAAUGCAACUGCAGUUAAAUGCAUACUAUAUCUAGGAUUGAUCUCAACACUCUUUCCUCAACAAGACACAAAAUUAUGUAUCUGAUGAAUUCUAUAAAUUUCAUUUUGUUGUACAAAGUUUUGCUUCCUUUUAUAAUGAAACUUAAUGUGAUCCAUUAAACGUGGGAAGCAACUCGA